UGUGCUUGCCUUUUGGUCCUGAAACAGAUAUGGAAACUGUACCCUCGGAUGUUCCAGAAUGUUGCUGAAAUAGAUCUGUCAACUUCUGUUUUAGAGCAGAGGGUCAGCAUGCCAAUAUGUGUGGGGGCCACUGCCAUGCAACGUAUGGCCCAUGUAGAUGGAGAGCUGGCAACUGUGCGAGCCUGCAGGUCACUAGGAACUGGCAUGAUGCUGAGUUCUUGGGCCACCUCUUCAAUUGAAGUGGCAGACGCUGGUCCUGAAGCACUUGGCUGGCUGCAACUGUAUAUCUACAAGGACUGUGAGGUCACCAAGCAGCUGGUGUGGCGGGCAGAGCGGAUGAGCUACAAGGCCAGAUUUGUGACUAUGGGCACCCAUUUGUUGGGCAACCGUUUUGAUGAUAUGAGUAACCAGUUCAAUCUGCCAUCCCAACUCAGAAUGAAAAAUUUUGAAGCCAAUGAUUUAUCAUUUUCUCCUAAUGAAAAUUUUGGAGACAACAGCGGACUUGCUAUUUGUGUGGCUAAAGCAAUUGACCCAGCUAUGAUCUGGGAGGAUAUGAAGUGGCUGAGGGGACUGACUUCUCUGCCAAUUGUUGCAAAAGGCAUUCUGAGAGGUGAUGAUGCAAGGAAGGCAGUUAAACAUGGUUUGGAUGGGAUCUUGGUGUAAAAUCAUGGGGCUCGACAACUUGAUGCAGUGCCAGCCACAAGUGAUGUUCUGCCAGAAAUUGUGGAAGCUGUGGAAGGGUGUUCACUUGUGACCCAUUGGCAGACUCAUCUGGUAUGAACACACAACACUUUGCUUAGUGAGAUAAAGGCGCAAGUGCUUCCUUGCAAGGCAGUACUAAUGUCCAAGUCGAUCCCCAUUUUGAAGGACAGCUUUUGUCACUAGAGACAUUGCAGUGUUGAAUAAGGAUAGGCUCUGUCAGCUAACAUUUAAGGCUUGCUGGGUGAGAUUAGUAAGGACUUCUAUGUGUGUUAUAACAUCCUCUAAGCCAAUAAAGUGGGCAAUGAUGGCAGUCAAAUGAUCACACCAGUGAAAAUAGAAUGUAACACCUGGCCUUAAGAAGAGGGAGAUUGGCAAUUGUGGUUACAAUCUUCCUAUGCCAAGGAAGAAGUCAGGAUACAGGAACUCCCUGGUGGCGCAAGGGGACACAAGUGAACACCCUGCAUGAUCUGACCCCCAGCCCAGAGGACUUAACAAAUCAGUACUUCAGAUCAAGGGCUUUUGGUGGGAAAAAUGGAUAAUUUUAGGAAUUAUUGUCUUAAGCUGUGAUUUCCCUUGCAUGUGCCUACAUUGUUGUCCUGGCAUCUGCUUCCAGUGCAGCAGGAGAGCCACCAAAAUAGCCAUCUCCAUGCUAAUGAAACUCCGUACCAAUCACUCAGGGUACAUUGCAGAAGACAGGGCAUGUGAGAUUAUAAGAGUUGGUCAGGAGGCAUGGAGUUUUGAAGCGGGUCUUGAGAAGAGGUGACUGUCAGUUGACCAGAGUUGGACUAGACAACUGGAAGCUCUUCAUCCUCUCCCCUGUCCUUGGAAUGCACAUUCUGCCCCGUUCCUACAAUGGAGACAUUUUCGAAGAUGCGGACGUUGAGAGAGUCAUGUGUUGUCGAGACCAUCUGCACAGGGCACAUUGCUGAAUUUUGGCAAGGGGUCUAUACAAACUCUUAAAAUUCUGGCAGGCAGGUGUGGAAAUCCACUGUUCUUGCAGUUGCUGAGGGUAAGUCUCAUAUGUAAGUUCCCUUUCCUAUUAAAACUGCCACCUGCCAGUCUGGAAUGGUCUCUGGUCUUUCUUUGCUUUCUAUUAACUAGGGUCCAGUUUCAAACUUCACUCCAGGGAACUUCUAAAGUGAGAAAAUCGCUUCUUGGCCUUUUGGCUAAGAUCAAUUAUAAAAUCAGAAAC